AUGGCGGCCACGGCCAGGAGCGGCGGGCGGCGGAGGCGGCAGCGGGGCCGCGGGCGAGCGGCGCUCGCCGCCGCGGGCGGCGGCCAGCGGGUGGUCGUGACGGGCAUCGGCGUAGCGAGCCCGUUCGGGCAGGAUAAGGAGGAGUUCUACGCCAGGCUGUGCGCCGGGACCUCUGCGGUGAAGAGGAUCACCAAGUUUGACCCGGAGGGGCUGGUGACGCAGAUCGCCGCGCAGAUAGACGAUUUCUCGGUCGGGGGUUUUAUCGACGCCAAGAACGCCAGGCGCAUGGACGAUGUCGUAAAGUACACGAUAGUGUCCGGCAACCAGGCGCUUGUGGACGCUGGCUUGGGGCGAGAAUCCGACGGCUUCGCAGCCUUGGACAAAGAGCGGUGUGGCAUCCUGAUCGGGUCGGCCAUGGGUGGCUCGUCUCUGCAGACUUCCAUGGAUAACAUGGACAAGCUGUUCCAGGGCAAGAAGCUGUCGCCCUUCUUCGUUCCAUAUACUCUCGUAAAUGUGCCAGGCGGUUUGCUCUCGAUCGACGUUGGCUUUACGGGCCCCAACUACGCUGUAGUCACGGCCUGCGCGACAGGCAACUAUUGCAUCUCCGCGGCCGCCGGCCACAUCCAGCGCGGGGAGUGCGACUUGAUCCUCGCCGGGGGCGCCGAGGCUGCCGUAACGCGCGCGGGCAUCGCAGGGUUCAAUGCUUGCAAGGCUCUGUCCUCGCGCAACGACGAGCCAGAGAGGGCUUCCCGCCCUUGGGACAAGGGCCGCGACGGUUUCGUCAUGGGCGAGGGUGCCGGCGUCCUGUGCUUGGAGUCCUUGGAGCACGCGCAGGCGCGCGGCGCGGAGAUCUACGCCGAGUACGCGGGCGGCGCGUACACCUCCGACGCGCACCACAUGACAGAGCCGCACCCGCAGGGCGCAGGCGUGUCGCGCUGCAUCCAGAGCGCGCUGGCGAACGCCGGCGUCGAGGCGGGCGAGGUGGGCUACAUGAACUGCCACGGCACCUCCACCCCCGCAGGGGACAUGGCGGAGGUCCGCGCCAUCAAGAGGGCGCUGGGCAGCACCGACCGCCUGGUAGUCAACAGCACCAAGUCCAUGGUGGGCCACUGCCUCGGGGCCGCCGCCGGGAUCGAGGCCGUCGUCUGCGUGCAGGCGCUGCGGCAUCGCAGGGUGCACCCGACCCUGAACCUCGAGGACCGUGAGGACGGGUUCGACCUCAACGCGCCCACGGAGGCCCUGGAGAUACCGGACCUGAAGGUCGCCGCGAACAACAGUUUCGGCUUCGGCGGCCACAACAGCUGCGUGAUCUUCAAGAGGUGGGAGGAGUGA